CAGAAGAUGGCGUCUCUGCGCUGUAGGCGAGACCCCUGCGGCGUUAUCUGUCUGAUUUUAACUUAUUUCAGCGUGUUUUACGCGGACUACGUGGUCAUACAGUAUGUCCUCAUCCCCGCCUACUCGGACAGUGUUUGGUGUACUCUACAUGGAUCAGUGUUCAACCUGAUUCUGCUGCUGCUGCUGGCCUGCCACUCCAAAGCUGUCUUCUCAGACCCCGGUAUGGUGCCUCUUCCUGAGACAGCCAUAGACUUCUCAGACCUUCGCUCCCAGUCGUCUCGGAUGAAUGAGAGGGGCUGCGAAGGCUGGACGGUGUGCAGUCGCUGCGAAACCUACAGACCUCCCAGAGCGCAUCACUGCCGUGUCUGUCAGAGGUGUAUACGCCGCAUGGACCAUCACUGUCCCUGGAUCAACAACUGUGUCGGAGAGCUGAACCAGAAGUAUUUUAUCCAGUUUCUCUUUUACACCGGCAUGGCCAGUCUGUACUCCAUGGUGUUGGUGGUGUCGGCCUGGGUGUGGCGGAUAAGGAACGAGCGAGAGGGUGAUGCAGAGAAGGAAGGGGAGGAGACGCCCAGCAAGCACCUGAUAGUCGCUCACUACAUCAUCCUCCUGGUGGAGUCGGUGUUGUUUGGCGUGUUUGUCAUGGUCAUCUUCUACGAUCAGUUGGUCUCCAUAAUCACAGACGAGACUCCCAUCGAGCAGAUGAGGAACAGGCUGAUGAUCAAGGACCGGGGCUCUUCAUCUUCAUCCUCUUCCUCCUCCUCCGCCUCCUCUCAGCUGCCUCACCACCCCACACACACCCGCAAGCCAAAGCUGGCUCUGCUGCGGGAGGUUUUCGGAAGAGGUUCGGUCUUUUGCUGGCUCCUUCCUCUCCACUCCAGCCCUCCGUCAGUUGGCGGCAUCACGUACUCCGCCCUGCCCGACUACGACGUCUGACCGCUGAGCUGUGAGGGCGACAGAGGGCGAGGAAAGGUUUUGCGUGUGUGUGAGAGUGAGUGUGAAUUUUCUGCCUAACUAUGAUGUCUUAUCUUUAUCUUUGGACCUGAGAGCUGAAGAGGAAGGAGGAUGAAGGGGGGAAAAAGACUGCGUGUGUGUGUGUAUUAGAUGAAUGAAUGAAUGAAUGUAUGAAGUGUGUGUGACUUAAUCCCCCAGGACCUAAACGUGUUCAGCCUCAGACUCAUGAAUUUCCUUCCUGUCGUGACAGUGGAGCUCCGACAGUCCCCGUUUUGUCCCGAUCUGCCAGCGUUGUUGGCAUUGUUUUGUGGAAGAGUUGGCCCCUUGUGAACACUGGGGUUUGACUGAUGUGGGUUUAUACGCAUUUUUUUUUUAACCCAAAGCUGCUGAUAUUGGAUGUAUUACCCUCCAUGAAAUUUAACGAUUUUCACGGCCAGUAAUUUCAGACAUUCAGGGCCCCCAGGAUGCACUUCCUGUUUGAACCAAAAGCCUCUGAAAUAACAUUCAGGCCAUCACGAGACACCAAAACAGUCCAGUGGAAACUCUAAGAUGCUUAUAAUGAAACACAUUAUGCAAAAAUAUUUCUGCAUAAACACGAGAAUCAGACCUAAAGAGGGUUUCUACGACUUUAAUCAGCAUCGACCUACAUGUCAGUCUAACCCCAGUGCCAUCUUUUGAUUACGGUGUUUUUAAGGGAGCUGUAUUUAUAUCUCUGACGCAAACAAGCAUCAACUUCUCGAACAAAAAGCCUCUAAAGGUAGGUCAACUUCCUGUUUCAUCAAAGUGUUUGUACAUCUUCAACCCCUGAAUGAAAACUGACCUUGUGGUUGUCAAGGUGUAACUUUGCCCCCAAAACGAGCUUGUGUUUUAUGUUUUAAAAGUUUUAUGUUUUCUUUUAUAUAGAAUCAAAUUCAUUUUCCUGCAGCUUUAAAUCGACACUGGAUUGUGCAUUGAUGUGGAAUUUUAAAGCUGGUACCAAUAUCUGAUGUUUUCCCAACUGCAUUAUACUUUUACGCAGGUUCAAAACAGGUUGGAUUUUAACUUUAAAUAUAUGGCCAAAAGUAUGUGGACACCUUUUGACAGUUUUAUCCCAAAACCACUUUUCAGGCUUACCCCCAGUUUUGGGAACCUGCUGCAGGGAUUUGCUCUUGUUCACUGAGGUCCAACAGUAGGGGUGGGAAUUUCUAGGCACCUCACGAUUCGAUUCAAUUCUGAUUCUGAGGGCAACGAUUUUGAUUCUAAAACAAUUCUCGAUUCUAAAACGAUUCUCGAUUCUAAAACGAGCCAAUAAGAAAAUUUACCCUAGAUAUUGAAAAACAUUAUUGUAAUAAAGCUGGGAAUACAUAUCCAGUGCAUACAAACUAUAUUACUUACUGUGGUUGAGAAGAUACACUCCACCAGUCUCCUCCGGUCCAUCCUCCUCAUCCACACAUCUCAAUGGGACUCUCCUGUCCCUCGUCGAUCUCCUCAACAUUUCUCCUCCAGUAUUUACAAAAGUAAAACUGACUAUAACUAUCUAUGAACUGUAAAAACACGAACUAUUGCAAAAAAGACAAUGGCAAAACUAUGGUGAAAACACAACGAAAACACGACAAAAAAACACUCAAAAGCUCUCAAAAAACCACAAAUACUAUUAUUUACAACACUAAAUAUUAUUUACAAAGAAAACACCACCCAAACUCCACUAAAACACUCCAACUUGCACUCUCCUCGUCAGCUGUCACUCUCCUCCAAUUCCCUCCCCUCCUCCACAGGGAAUGACAUCACUACCGUAAUGUAUAUCACUGAAAAGCUCUGCUUCUCAGCUUUCAGAAUCCGUUGGAAUUCCAUCGAUAGCGUGAAUGGUCGAGAAGUUACAGUAAUUUGAAAAAUAAAUAUAAAAAUAAAAUCAAUUACGAGUUUUCUGCAUCGAUGCUCGCAUCGUUCAAGACAGAAUCUCGAUGCAUCUAAAAAUCGAUUUUUUUUUUCCCCCACCCCUAUCCAACAGCGAGUUGGGCGAUAAGAUCCGGCUCAUCCAAGUUCAUCCCAAAUGGAUGGGGUUAAAGUCAGCGCUCUUCACAGCACCCAGUCAAGUUCUUCCUCACUAAACUGGGAAAACUCUUUAUUUAUGCUGACAUUGUUUAUGGCGACAUUCGUUUGGUCUUCCCCAAACUGUUGCUCCAAAGUUGGAGGCACACUGUUGUGUCGUCCCUUCAUUGUAACUUUCAACGAAUUUCCGCUGCAGGGUUCGGCUUGACUUGACUCACUUUUGGCACGAGGUACUUUUCUCAAAUUUGUUGUCAUCUGUUAGCAGUACUCCUCAGCGUAGGUGGAACACGACUCAGUCACCAGAAAAAAUGUUGGCAUUGUACGUUUUUGCGAACCAUGGAUACGUUGCAUUUGUAUGUUGCUAUGUAGCUCAUAUGUUAACCACAUGGUUAUGGUUAGGAAAAAAGAUCAUGUUUAGUUUGAGAUAUCUCGUUUCACUGGGGCGCUAUCCUGGUUUGAAAAGCAGCAAAUUCUCAGUAAGAAAACAACUGCUUUUUGGGCAACAAUCUCGACAGGAAAAGCAGCGACAUCUCAGUAAAAAACAAAGCUACGAAACACCCACAUUUUGUGCCUAAAAAGGUCUUCAGGUGAAUCUUAGCCAAUCGUCAUAGGGAUUGUGCGUGAAACUGCGGUGUUUAAACUUCACCUUCCAUCACCUCAGCUCACUUGGAACUUUGACCAAGGUGGUACCAAAAAUAUACCAGGUACUAUCUACAACAUUUGCAGAUGGAACCCAAAAAAAGGAUCGUUCCAAGUGGGUCGAGUCGUGCUGCACCAUGCAGUUGAAAUAAGUAGGGCUGCCCCCGAAUAGUCGACCAAACGUUAGUCAAUCACAACGGUAAUUUGU